AUGUACAGCUCAGGGCCGGCCUUGCUCUGUGCAGCAGCGACCAACAAGAGGGACUCCCGGCUGCUGGCACGAGGCUGGGUCCUCUUGGCAGCGGUGGUGGUCUCAGGGUUGAUCUCACACUGGACUCUGGCCGCCGUGACGCGGGGACAGCAGCAGCCAGGUGCACGCCUGUGUGCACGUGCCGGGCCUCCUGCCCGCCAAGGGGUCUGGGUGUUGAGGAUUGCCGCUGCUGCCACUGCUGCUGGGUUUGAAGGAAGCACUGAGACCCUGCAGGACCUGGGAGGAACGCCGGGCACAGGGUCGGACAAGCGGCCUGGGCCGGGAGCUCUCCUGGGCGCUGAGGGCCCCCCCCAUGGAUACCGCAAGGGGUCCAAAGCUCCCGGGCAGGGCAAGAGGCCUCGGGCGCCACCUCCCAGGGGGUCCCCAACGCCGGUCUAUCCUCUAGGUGAGCGCCUAGCCACCCUGCUGGUCACGCGCGCCGCCACUGCCUUCUUCCUGGACAGCCUCGUGGAGGACAUGCUGCGGGAUCUGCACGACGCCUUCCGCGAGAGCCCCUCCACCGCGCGCUGGCAGUUCCAGGCCGUGCUGUCCAUCCGGGACCAGGAGCGCGUCCGGGCCCAGGCCCAGGAGGCCGCGGACCUGGGCUUCGCCCGCUUCCAGGAGGCCGUGCGGAGCCGCCCCGAGCUCCGCGAAGACGCGGAUUGCGAGCUGCUGGCACAGGUGACCUGCGCGCUCAGAAUCCUGCUCCGCGUUGCACUAGCCGGGGCCCAGCCUGCUCUGGGCACCCGCCUGGCCGAGUGCCUGCUGCUGGCUGGGGACGUGGCGGGCGCCCGGGCUCUGUGCGAGCGCCUGCUGCAGCCCGCUGUCCUUGGGGAUGCCACCAAGGUCCGCGCCAGGGAGCGCGCACUGCUGCUGGUGCUGCGAGGCUUUUGUGCGUGGCAUGGCGGGGACGCGCAGGGCGCCCGGGAGGACUUCCAGGCGGUGGUGGAGCAGGGGGCGCCGCACCUUGGCGGCUGCGUGCGGCUGUGUGGCCUGGGCACAUUGCACUAUGUCACCGCGUGCGGGUUUAGGCCAGAGGAAGCGCUGUUGGCCGCCAAGGCCUUCGUGCCCUGGAACCAGCGCAGGCUGCUGCUGAUCCUGCUGCGGGAGAAGGACCGCCCCUGCUGGGCUGCGGAAGCCAGGCUGCUGUGCCGGACAGCAGCGCGGCCCGGAGGGGUGAGUACCCCCGCGCGGGCGUGCUGGGGCUGCUGUUCCUGUCUGGUCCUGCAAGGGGGCAGCGGUGUUUCUUCCUGUUCUGGGCGAGCUCCCGGGCCACAGGGGACACCUUGGGCUCUGGGUUGGACACACCCCUCCGCCAGACACUGAGAGACAACAGCACCGG